AUGAAAGAUGCCAUAUUUAAAAGAGAAACUGGACAAUAUUUACCAGAUAAUGUGAUCACAACGAAAUAUGCAGAAAGUGAAUUAGAGUGUUCCAUGCAUUGUACAAGCAUCGACGCGUGCUUGUCAGUGAAUUACAAAGCUAGCGGAGUGGAUCAAGGUUUAUGUCAACUCAACAACAGUACAACUUCAGAAAAUCUUGGACUGGUUUCCAAUGAUAAAUUUGUGCAUCUUUCCAUUUUAAAGGGGGUAAGAUAUUUCUUUAUGAUAUCACAAAUGGGGGCCAGCUAUAGUAUGUCAUAUUCUCGAAUACGUUAAUCCUGCGCUAUAUAGGCCAAGCUAGAGAGGCUGGGCAAACCAGAAAAAUUGUUUGCUACCCAUGUUUCUCGAUACGAUUGCUUAGUUCUUCAAGGUUUGUAGUUUCAAAGACCGAAAAAAUUCAAAGACUUAACUUCAAAAUCUAGACUUUUUCUGCCUAUUAUCAAAGACUUUUUCAUACACGAAUUCGGCGGUAAGCUAAUAUUUUGGACAACUAAGACAAUCAACUACGACGCACACUUUUUGUGGAAGAUGGUUGUUGGGCAGAAGUGCUCCGAUUAUGUGGCCAAAGACUCCAAAGACUUUUGUGAGCAAACAUCUGUUGAAACAUUUCAAUUGUAAGCUCCUUUUUGACCCGAUAAUCAUUCCUAGAAUACCGUCUUCUCUUCGAAAUUUGUAAAAAUCUUGCUGAAACCCAUGCACGAUCCAUUUUACUAGCUAGAGAAUCGUUUAAAUCAAAUACUUGCUAAAUAUAAUUAUUUUUGUUUGUGCACGUAAAUUUAUUAUUGCAAAGCUUUCGAUCCGUAAGCCCGGGUCUUCAUCAUGCAGUGCUAUAAUAAUAAUAUGAUAUUAUAUUACUAGCACAUAUUAUUAGCACUGAUGAAGAUCCGGGCUUUAUACGGAUCGAAAGCUUUGCAGUAAUAAAUUUACAUGGUGUUUCCACAAACAAAAGGUAUUAUAUGUUUUAACUCCAUGCAGACCUACAAAGAACUUGCUAAAUAAUUUAAGUCUUUCAAAGACUUUCUGCAUUUUUUUCAUAUAAUUCAAAGAUUUUCAAAAGAUCUUAAAGAUUCACAAUCGAAUUUAAAGCUUUCAAAGAAUGCUACCCAAUCCCGUUACUGUUUCCACAACAUUUGAUAUUUUCACCUUUAAACACCGGUCAACGUUCACUAUAUUCUUUUUAGAGUAAAGCCAAGACGAAAGAAAUUGGCAGCAAACACAGCUGCAAAGAAUUACUCGAUGAUGACAGGUAAUCCAUAUUGAAAAUAUACCACCAUAUCGAAACAGAUCAAUGCAAAUAAACUAACUUUGUUUAUACUGGAACAGUUCUUCACUGCUUUCCUUAGAUAUCCAUGUUCAUUUGUUGUUGGUUUAUUGUUACUAUAAGAGGGAUGCUAAGCUAAAUUCAACCUAAGAUAAGAGGCAUAUAACCAAAACUAAAUUCAUACUUUUUUUUCUGUGUUGGUGUUGGUGUUGUGUACCGUCAGGUGAAUACGAUGUUUGUGAUGUUAUUCUGAGUGUAUAUCCACACCGGGCGAGCUUGAGCUAGUAUUCCAAAGGUCGUAGGUUCGAUUCCCACCGUGGUCGGGCAUAUUUUUCAAGCUCGCCCGGUGUGGAUAUACACUCAGAGUAACAUCGCAAACAUAAAUUCAUACUGUUAACUCAUCAGUUCCACCUCAUUCUCCAAAAUAUACCUGUAUGCAAAUAUACCUGCAUGCAAUUAUAAAAGCCAUCCUUUAAUCUUUAUCGGUGCAGUCCUCCUACAGGAGGACACCUGCACGCGUUCACUUUCUUUGCGUUUGCCCAAUUAGUGGACUAAUAGACAUUUUCCAAUUGAUUAAAUUUUCAGAUUGAUUAAAUUUUGGAUAACUUUGGAUGAAAGCUGGAUGAGAAAUUAGCAAUAGGUUGCCUUUCUUUGCCAAGCAGAGUAAAACUGCAUGAUCCAUGUAUGCAGUCUCCGUGUCCACUCCAGUUAAUUGUUAAUGGGUUUAGGAAUAUUAUUGUUUUAAAGCUUCCGUUGUAGAUUUCUGAAAAGUCCUAACGGACUGAACAUUAUUUUACAGCUCUCUACAAAACGGCAUCUACUAUCUACAAGCGAAUGCGUCCACAGAAAAAUACCCAGUCUUUUGUCACAUGACUGAGAUUCCCGGAUAUGGGACAGGAGGCUGGACACUAGUGAUGAAAACAAACGGUGAUUUGGUAAGACAAAAAGAAAUUUUUAGUUUGUCGUAGAGUUCGUAGAAAAUAUGUGACCGGCCUAGCUCCCACGUCUUCAAAGGAUCAGUUGUGCCUUUACUCGCAUAUAUAAAAUGUUUUUAACAUGGAAAUGUCAUUUGUAAAUUAACACGUUCUUGAAGUGAAAAAGAUAUUUGAUAACUCAGGUUUGAGAUGCUGCUGUUCCGAGUGUCUCCGCAUCGGAAAAAAUUGCUUGACCAAGGUGUUGACCAAGAUCUACUCGGCUAUUUUUAUUUAAAUAAUUAAAAUCAGAAUUAACUACUUGAUAGUCGAACCUCAUGUUUUCCCAUUCCGUUUACGCUCUUGGUAAACUUAACUUGUUCUCUAUUUCUUAAUUAAACAGAGUACAUUCACCUACGAUUCCCCUUACUGGACGAACAAGGAAAGUUAUGCAGUUGAAGACGGACUUGAAGGACUAACAGAGAAAGAAAGUAAACUGGCCUCUUAUUGGAACAUUCCUUUCAAGAACAUAUGUCUUGGUAGGACUGUUGAUGGUGACAGAAAAUGGAUGAUGUUAGAUUACGAAUCAAGUUCGCUAUACAGUUUGAUCGCAGACGGACAAUGCCGAAGCACAACCGCAGGACGAUCUGCAUGGAAGUCUCUGAUUGCGGGCUCGUCUUUACAACCAAACUGCAAUGAAGAAGGUUUCAGCAUUGCAUAUGAUCAACAUAAAGUACGUAUUGGAUAUUACGCGAAUAAUCAAGACACAUGCAUAGAGGCAGAUUCAUGUAUUGGAUUUGGUAUUACUUACACUGCUUGUUAUAUGAUAACAUCUCACAUUACAUGUGGUAAUAUUGCGCAGUGUAAUGGUAAUGAUAAUGGCAAAAAACUUACUGCGGCAUUUGGAUAUAUUUUAGUUCAGUAA